UUUCUUUCCCAUGAGGUGGAAGAGGGAAGAGCCGUGCGCAGUUCAUUCUUGAAUGAACUUGCGAGAUUUCCAUGCAAAAGCCCUUCGUUUUCUCUCUGUUCCAAACCACCUGAAUCUGCCCGGAGUGAAAGAUAAGUGAGAACGAUUCUUGGGUUGCUGAGGCAGCAAAUGGAAGGUGUACAUGGGAGAAGGAGAAAAACGAGGAUGAGUCUAAAGGAACGCCUAGGAUUGAGAGGCUUGGGUUGUUGCGGAGCCACAUGGGGUUACAAGUCUACCGCCAUUAGCGUCCGAGACGAUGAGGAAGAGGCACCAGAACAAGAGCAAGAAGAAAUAGAGGUCAUAAAUGCAGGACCGAAUCCAUCAGAAGGAAUAUCGGAUCCGGGUUGUCCGGCGACUACUUCGAUUCUGGCAUCUUCAGGUAUGAACUUAGCCGCAGCAUUGGCGGCCGAGCGGCAAUUACGGGAGGCAAAUGCUAUAGGUCCGAGCACCAAUGGGUCAACAAACAAUGGGGAAGUGAGCGUAACAGCGCCGGGAAUCUUUGAUGAGGCUGCUAGGGGAAGUGGACGGUGGAGAUGGAGAAGUAGGCGCAGAGAAUGAGAGAGGAUCAGCGGGGAGCGAUACAGUGUGCUGCGUAUGCAUGGUGAGCAAAAAGGGGACAGCAUUUAUCCCAUGUGGGCAUACCUAUUGCAGGGUGUGUUCGAGGGUGCUUUGGCUGAAUCGAGGGUCCUGUCCCCUUUGUAAUCGAUCAAUUCUCGAGAUUCUCGAUAUAUUCUAGGGGGUUGAUAAUGGAUCUGAAGAAGAUAGUGAAUUGGGCCCUGGUCUUGUAGGUAGAAGCUCCAUUCUCAAUGGGCUUUGCUAAAUUGGCAAUAGGGCGAUAGCUUUGAUUUGCUAUAUUAAAGUUCCAAGGUUGGUUCUUGCUUCAUCCUUGUAAUCAUCUUUUUCUGCUUUUCCAUCUAAACGAUCACCCACUCUUUUUAGAUGUGCAAUUA